AUGUUUCACUCAGAUCAAAUGUGGAACUGUCAUUGGAAAUGGAAGCCAAGUUCUCUUUUGUUCUUACUUGCUUUAUGUAUUGUGUAUGUUCCUCUUUCAGUGUGGGGAUGCACCAACUGCAGGGUUGUCCUAUCCAGCCCUUCUGGGACAUUUACUUCUCCGUGCUACCCUAACGACUACCCUAACAGCCAGGCUUGCAUGUGGACCCUGCGAGCCCCCACCGGCUAUAUCAUUCAGAUAACGUUUAACGAUUUCGACAUUGAAGAAGCUCCCAAUUGCAUUUAUGACUCAUUAUCCCUUGAUAAUGGAGAGAGCCAGACUAAAUUUUGUGGCGCAACUGCCAAAGGCCUAUCAUUUAACUCAAGUGCGAGUGAGAUGCAUGUGUCCUUUUCAAGCGACUUUAGCAUCCAGAAGAAAGGUUUCAAUGCCAGCUACAUCAGAGUUGCUGUGUCCUUAAGGAACCAGAAGGUCAUUUUACCCCAGACGCUAGAUAGUUACCAGGUAUCUGUUGCCAAAAGUGUCUCUAUUCCAGAUCUCAGCGCUUUCACUCUCUGUUUUGAAGCAACUAAAAUUGGCAAGGAAGACCAUGAAUGGAUAGCUUUCUCCUACUCAAAUACAUCCUUCACACAGUUACUUAGCUUUGGAAAGGCCAAGAAUGGCUACUUUAUUUCUAUUUCUGGCUCAAAAUGCUUCCUAAACAGCGUGUUACCUGUGAAGGAUAAAGAAGACAUUUUUACAGAAAGCUUUGAGCAGCUCUGCAUCAUUUGGAAUAAUUCUCUGGGUUCUGUUGGUGUAAAUUUCAAAAAAAACUAUGAAGCAGUUCCGUGCGAUUCUACCAUCAGUAAAGUUAUUCCUGGAAAUGGGAAGUUGUUGUUAGGCUCCAGUCACAAUGAGAUUGCCUCCCUAAAAGGGGACAUUUAUAACUUUCGACUUUGGAAUUUUACCAUGAAUUCCAAAGUCCUCUCCAACCUCAGCUGUCAUGUGAAAGGGAAUGUGGUCGACUGGCAAAAUGACUUCUGGAAUAUCCCCACCCUAGCUCUGAAAGCAGAAAGCAACCUAAGCUGUGGUUCCUACCUGAUCCCACUCCCGGCAGCAGAACUAGCCAACUGUGCCGAUCUGGGGACCCUCUGCCAAGCUACUGUAGACUCUCCUAGUACACCACCCACUGUCACCACUAACAUGCCUGUUACUAAUAGAAUCGAUAAACAAUGGAAUGAUGGAAUUGUCUAUAGAAUUUCCAUAGUGAUUCAAAAUAUCCUUCGUCACCCUGAGGUUAAAGUACAGAGCAAGGUAGCAGAAUGGCUCAAUUCAACCUUCCAAAAUUGGAACUACACUGUUUAUGUGGUUAACAUCAGUUUUCACCAGAGCACGGGAGAGGACAAGAUUAAAGUCAGGAGAAGCAUUGUGAAUGAUCAAAGGUUGGUGAUUUGGGCCCUUCUAGUUUACAAUGCUACCAACAAUCCCAAUUUAGAAGGAAAAGACAUUCAACAGAAGCUCUUAAAAAAUAAUGAGUCCCUGGAUGAAGGCUUGAGGCUAUAUGCAGUGAGUGUGAAGCAACUGGGUUUAUGUCCUGCUGAUGAGGAUCCCAAAGGCUAUCGCUGGCCACUCAUCCCACCUUCUGUAUACAACUUUCCCUGUCCAGGGAAACAGGGCUUUUAUGCUUCACGGACAUGUUAUCGUGACCCUGCCAACACAUCUGUAGCCUACUGGGGACCUCCUGAUCUCUCCAACUGUUCAAGAGAAGUAAAUGAAGUGGCCAACCAGAUUUUAAAUUUAACUAGUGAUGGGCAGACCUUAAGCUCAGCCAAUAUUACCAGCAUUGUAGAACAGGUCAAAAGGAUUGUGAAUAAAGAAGAAAACAUUGAUAUAACGCUUGGUUCAACUUUAAUGAAUAUAUUUUCCAAUAUCUUAACCAGUCCGGACAGUGACUUGCUUGAGUCUUCUUCUGAAGCUUUAAAGACAAUUGACGAAUUGGCCUUCAAGAUAGACCUAAGUAGCACAUCACAUGUGAAUAUUACAACUCGGAAUUUGGCUCUUGGAGUCUCAUCCCUGUCCCCAGGGACAAAUGAAAUUUCAAAUUUUAGCAUCGGUCUUCCAAGCAAUAAUGAAUCCUAUUUCCAGAUGGAUUUUGAGAGUGGACAAAUGGAUCCAUUGGCUUCUGUAAUUUUGCCUCCAAACUUACUUGAGGAUUUAAGUCAAGAAGAUUCUGUAUUAGUUAAAAGAGCACAGUUUACUUUCUUCAAUAAAACUGGACUUUUCCAGGAUGUAGAAACCAAGAAAGGCACCUUAGUGAGUUAUGUGAUGGCAUGCAGUAUUGGAAACAUUACUAUCCAGGGUCUGAAGGACCCUGUUCGAAUUAAAAUCAAACAUAUGAGAAACCAGGCAGUGCCUCAUCCCAUCUGUGCCUUCUGGGAUCUGAACAAAAACGAAGGUUCUGGAUUUUGGAACACGUCAGGAUGUGUGGCACACAGAGAUUCAGAUGAGAGCGAGACGGUCUGCUUAUGUAACCACCUCACACACUUUGGAGUUCUGAUGGACCUUCAAGGAACUGCCUCACAGAUAGAUGCAAGAAACACCAAAGUUCUCACCUUCAUCACCUAUAUUGGGUGUGGGAUAUCUGCUAUCUUUUCAGCAGCAACUCUCCUUACAUAUGUUGCUUUUGAGAAAUUGCGAAGGGACUAUCCCUCCAAAAUCCUGAUGAACUUGAGUACAGCCCUGCUGUUCCUGAACCUCCUCUUCCUCUUGGAUGGCUGGAUCACCUCGUUUCACGUGGAGGGUCUUUGCACAGCCGUUGCUGUCCUGCUCCAUUUCUUCCUCCUUGCAACCUUCACCUGGAUGGGGCUAGAAGCAAUUCACAUGUACAUUGCCCUGGUUAAAGUAUUUAACACUUACAUUCGCAGAUAUAUACUGAAAUUCUGCAUCAUUGGCUGGGGUCUGCCAGCCUUAGUCGUGUCCAUUGUUCUGGCAAGCAGAAGCCAAAAUGAGGUCUACGGAAAGGAAGGUUAUGGAAAAGAACAAGGUGAUGAAUUCUGUUGGAUUCAGGAUCCAGUCGUAUUUUAUGUGACCUGCGCUGGGUAUUUUGGAGUCAUGUUUUUCCUGAAUGUUGCCAUGUUCAUCGUGGUAAUGGUGCAAAUCUGUGGGAGGAAUGGCAAGAGAAGCAACCGGACCCUGCGUGAAGAGGUUUUAAGGAACUUGCGCAGUGUGGUCAGCCUGACAUUUCUGCUGGGCAUGACAUGGGGUUUUGCUUUCUUUGCCUGGGGACCCUUAAACGUCCCUUUUAUGUACCUCUUCUCCAUCUUCAAUUCAUUACAAGGCUUAUUUAUAUUUAUUUUCCACUGUGCUAUGAAGGAGAAUGUUCAGAAACAGUGGAGGCGGCAUCUCUGCUGUGGUAGAUUUCGGUUAGCAGACAACUCAGACUGGAGCAAGACAGCUACCAAUAUCAUCAAGAAAAGUUCUGAUAAUCUAGGAAAAUCUUUGUCCUCAAGCUCCAUUGGGUCCAACUCAACAUACCUUACAUCCAAAUCUAAAUCCAGCUCUACCACUUACUUCAAAAGGAAUAGCCACACUGAUAAUGUCUUCUAAGAGCAUUCCUUCAGCAAAAGUGGAUCAUUCAGACAAUGCUUCCAUGGACAAAUCCUCGACAAAACUGACCCAUGCUGAUGGAGAACAAACAUCAAUCAUCCCUGUCCACCAG